CAUCGCACAGCAUACAUUCACCAUUCUCAUCACUACCUCCUCACCACCACCACGCGCAACACCAUUACGCACACGCAAUGGACUCGCCUGCAAUGGGCGCUCCAUUGCCCCCUUCCUCUUCGCAGUCUCAUCGCAUAACUCCACCCCACGCCGCCAACCACAACCACAACCUCGACCACCUCUCCCUCAGCGCACCGCAAGCCUCGUCCCUCCUCGCCUCUGCAGGUCCACCCCCGGCCUCAGGACCAUCCAUCCCUGCGGGCACAGGGCCAGGAGGAACACCAACAACUGCCCUGUCGGUGUACCACUUGAUCAACCAGCUAUGCCAACGUCCACCGCCCAGCGCCGCCUCUGCCACGACGAUGGCGACGGCGAGCACCGCGACGGCGAAUGGCUCCGCAACGCCAGGCUCCACAACCAUCGGGGGCGCUGCGCCGACGCCGGUCAAGGACGGCAGCGAGUCGGCGCGGGAGACUGCCCUCCUCGAGCUGAGCAAGAAGCGCGAACAGUACGAGGAUCUAGCCCUCGUCCUCUGGCACAGCUUUGGGGUUAUGAGCUCCCUUCUCCAGGAAAUCAUAGCAGUUUACCCUCUACUGAGCCCACCGGCAUUGACGGCCCAUGCGAGCAAUAGGGUCUGCAACGCUCUUGCACUACUGCAAUGCGUUGCGAGUCAUCAUGAGACGCGCGCUCUCUUCUUGCAGGCGCAUAUUCCCCUCUUCUUGUACCCCUUUCUCAAUACAACGAGCAAGACGAGGCCAUUCGAGUACCUCCGCCUCACCUCGCUGGGAGUCAUUGGCGCACUCGUUAAGCAGAGCGAUAAUUCGCAGGUCAUCACUUUCCUCCUCUCGACGGAGAUCAUUCCUCUCUGCUUGCGAAUCAUGGAGACCGGCUCCGAGCUAAGCAAAACGGUUGCCAUCUUCAUCGUGCAAAAGAUCCUCCUCGACGACGUCGGUCUCGCCUACGUCUGUCAGACCUACGAGCGAUUCUAUGCCGUAGGUACCGUUCUAUCCAACAUGGUCACCGGCAUAGAGGAGACGGGUGCCGUCCGCUUGCUCAAGCACAUCAUUCGGUGCUACUUGAGGUUGAGCGAUAAUAUUCGGGCUAGGGAAGCGCUUAGGGCUUGUCUGCCUAGUUCGUUGAGGGAUGCGACCUUUGUUGGGUUGUUGAGGGGGGACAAUAUUACGAGGAGAUGUUUGGCUACUCUGUUGCUUAAUUUGUCGGAUGAGGUCGGGCAGUGAGGGAGGGGCAGCAAGGACGAGGAGGAGCCCGAGGAGAAGAAGGAGGAGGACGACUCUACUUUCGACCACCGCAUCUUACCAGUUACCCCCCAACAAGCACGCAGACCCACCCUUUUCUCCACCACGAUAAAGCACACGCCAGCAUCCACGCGCACGCACGCACGCGCACGCACACGCACACUCAAAACGACGUCCCCGGCCAGACAGGGCAUCACGUCGCUUCCCGAUCGUCGUGCAGGCAUCACCAUCGCGCAGCCCUACCCAAAACCAAGCCCACCUCCAGGCCCGACCAACAAUGUACACCAGCAAAGAGAUCCCCCCUCCCUCUCCCCCGCGUCCCCUCUUUUGGCCGCAAUCAAGGCCCACCACCACC